CACGCUGAAGAAAAGAGCAUUAGAUUGUAUGGAUGGUUCCGACAAUCAGGCACGAAAUUCGCGCGACGCUGUUCUCGAAGGAAAAUACGAGAGAGAAAGAGAGAGGAAGAGAAAGAGAGAGAGAGAGAGAGAGAGAGAUCUUUGAAGGAUUGCCAGGUGGAACGACGGGCCUAACUCGAGCGCGUUCCAACAGUUAUACAUCACGCUCGUUUGUCCUUUGAGACUGCUGUCGGUGACGUUGUUGCGGCGGUCGACGGAGAAAAAUUACGUUCAACGAAACGCGACGCGUUUUGCAACGCAAAGUGCAAAAUAUAAUUUAGUAUCUUUCGGCAAGUUUCUACAUUUUCGCGAUAAAUAAUAAAAUUAAAUUCGUCAUCUGCCGGCACGGACGUAUUUUAAUUUACGUUUUUGGGUGAUCCAUUUCGCAACAAAUGGAUUUGGAAGAGUAUAAGCUUUUAAUAUCAAUUAAAAGAAAUGCCUUCAAAAUAAGAGUUUCAAAUAUCAUAAAUGUACAUAAAUUUUAUUAUUCGUAACGUAAAUUAUAACGACGUUAAUUGUUGUGGAUUUACUUUUCUUUUCUUAUUUAAUAAAUUGUGAUGUUAACAAUAAUAAUUGGGUUCCAUUACGAACUUGUAACUUGCGCCAUUUAAUCACUGAAAACGAGCUUUCGAUCGCGAAUGUCGUCGAAACCUGGCGACGAUAAAUUUUCUCCGUCGCCGCGAUCUGCUUGAUCGUUUCUUUUUUUCCUGUAUCCUAUAGUCCUUGUGUCGUUGGUUUGGUAGCUCUAAAGCCAUAAUAUACACUACCUAAGUUAAGGCACGGGAAUCGCCACGAGUUUGAAAGAAAGUAGAGAGAAAGGGAGAGAGCGAGAGAGAGAGAGAGAGAGAGAGCAAGAGCGAGAGAAAAAGAGAGACUUAAAGAACAUUUAAAAAAGAGGUAAUGGCGACGAACGCAACGGAAUUGAGCAACAUUCGGAGUGGCUAUCGUCGACACAUUUUCGGCGACACUGAGCUCUGCAUACCCGAGAGAUACGUCGACGUCGUACCGCGUGGCGUCGGCGCUCAGGGUAUCGUCUGCGCGGCGUUCGACACCGUCACUGCGCAAAAUGUGGCGAUCAAGAAGCUGUCCAGACCUUUUCAAAACGUGACGCACGCGAAGAGGGCCUACAGAGAGUUCAAGCUCAUGAAGCUGGUCAAUCACAAAAACAUAAUCGGUCUCCUGAACGCGUUCACGCCGCAACGGUCGCUGGACGAGUUUCAAGACGUGUAUCUGGUGAUGGAGCUCAUGGACGCGAACCUGUGCCAGGUGAUCCAGAUGGAUCUGGACCACGAGCGUAUGUCGUACCUCCUCUACCAGAUGCUGUGCGGCAUCAAGCACCUACACUCCGCCGGCAUUAUUCACAGGGAUCUAAAGCCGAGCAACAUUGUCGUAAAAUCCGACUGCACGCUAAAGAUCCUCGACUUCGGCUUGGCGAGGACCGCCGGUACCACAUUCAUGAUGACGCCCUAUGUCGUCACGCGGUAUUAUCGGGCGCCAGAGGUGAUUCUGGGCAUGGGGUACAAGGAGAAUGUGGACAUCUGGUCGGUGGGGUGCAUCAUGGGCGAAAUGAUACGCGGUGGCGUACUGUUUCCGGGCACGGAUCACAUCGAUCAGUGGAACAAAAUAAUCGAACAACUUGGCACACCGGCGCAGGAAUUCAUGCAACGGCUGCAGCCGACCGUCAGAAACUACGUGGAGAACAGGCCGCGAUAUCCAGGCUAUCCCUUCGAGAGGCUAUUUCCGGACGUCCUAUUCCCUUCGGACUCCUCGGAACACAAUAGAUUAAAAGCGAGCCAAGCCAGGGAUCUAUUGUCGCGCAUGCUCGUGAUCGACCCGGAGCGACGCAUUUCUGUAGACGAGGCGUUGCUGCACAAUUACAUAAACGUCUGGUACGACGAGGGGGAAGUCAAUGCUCCCGCACCAGGUCCGUAUGACCAUAGCGUGGACGAGAGGGAACACACGGUGGACCAGUGGAAGGAGCUGAUCUAUCAGGAGGUGAUGGAGUACGAGACAAGUCACAAUCCCGCGGCGGUUGCUCAGUCGUCAGAGAGCGCUGGGAACCGGUAGAUACCGCGGAGCAGCAGCCCAUCCACGAUCCCCCUCUCGUCGAGGAAGCAUCCGGAUAGUCUGAACUGGAACCGUUUGGACAUCGCGUCGUAGCGAGAGAGGGAGGGGCAACCGGAGGGAGAAAGGAAGGAACGAAGAAAGGAAAGAGGAUAAAUCAACGUCCACGAAUCUAAAUCUCCCUCUUCUUCCGAGAAGGCAAGAAACGCAAGUGAGAAAAACAUGGACAGGGAAGAAGUCUUACUCUAUCGAGUGUCAC